UAAGCGGCACCAACCUUUGUGGCUCUAUACCAAGAGAGAGUAACCCCUCCAAGCUUCAAUUAUAUACAUUAUCCACAUUCCUAGCUAGCUUUAUCCACAUCUACAAAAUACUCAUUAGAUUCUCCUCUCUCUCUUUCUCUACACAACUUUGUCAUAUCAUAUCCUAGAUCUCCUUUCAUUUCGCUUCCUUCAAACAUCAAAAUCAUGGGUCUCAGAGACAUUGGUGCUUCACUGCCUCCAGGGUUUAGGUUCUAUCCGAGUGAUGAGGAAUUGGUGUGUCACUACCUCUACAAAAAGAUCGCAAAUGAGCAAGUUCUGAAGGGUACCUUGGUUGAAAUUGACCUUCACAUAUGCGAACCAUGGCAACUUCCUGAGGUGGCGAAGCUGAACGCGAACGAGUGGUACUUCUUCAGCUUCAGGGACCGCAAAUAUGCGACGGGGUUUCGGACCAAUAGGGCAACGACAUCUGGAUACUGGAAAGCGACGGGGAAGGAUCGUACGGUGAUGGAUCCAGCCACGCAAGAGGUUGUAGGGAUGAGGAAGACGUUGGUGUUCUACAGGAACAGAGCUCCGAAUGGCAUCAAAACGGGGUGGAUCAUGCAUGAGUUCCGCUUGGAGACCCCACACAUGCCUCCAAAGGAGGACUGGGUGUUGUGCAGAGUCUUCCACAAAAGCAAAGAAGAGAACAGUUCCAAACAACUCAUGUAUGAGACAACAACACCACCUUCGUCCCUAACUUUGGCUUCGUCAUCUCCACCAAACCAAACCAUGCCUCCUGGUGGGUACAACAGAUUCUCCUCCUCCAUGCCAACCCAUCAUCAUCAUCAUUUCAACCCAAACCAAAGCACUUCUUUGCUCUUCUCUCGCACCAACACUACUCAAAUUAGUUGCAAACCUCAUGAUGAUGGAUAUGCCUUCUUGUGGGACAUGGAACUAGAAGAUGGCGUCGCAUCAAACUUGGACGCAAUAAGAUUCGAGGUCGAUAACAAUAAUAAUAAUAACAACAUGGUGUUGCUAUAAAAAUGUCUUAUGUUAUGUUAAUUAAUUAUGUGUGUACAUAUACAUAUAUAUGGUUCAUAUAUCUCGUAAAUUGUCAAGAUUCGUUGAUUUGUCAUGUAUUUAUAUUUAUAUGGUGUCUGGCUAUGAGGGACAAGUCACACAUGAUAGAUUGGGAUUAGUUGUUCCAAUUAAGGUUGUGGUAUAUUGUUCAAGUAUAAUAGGGUAAUAGUGUGGUCCAUUAGGGUUUUCGUAAUUUUAUAUUAUUUACUUUUAUUAUUUUACA